AUGGCGGAGGCGAACAGUGAAAAUCCUCCAAAAGUGAUCACAGAUCUGGCCCAGUUGUCUCCUAACUGGCGUCUUUUAUGGUGCAAUGAUUGCCAGGAAGGACAUGAUGGAGAGUGCGAGCGCCACGGCCCGAUGGGAAUCAUCCAAGAUCACAACCCACAGAAAGCCUAUCUUACAUUACCACCCAUGCUCAUCAUCAAGAAAAUGAAGGAUGAUGAUGGGGAGAGUUGUAAAGGUGUUUUUGCCAACAAGACCAUUCCAAAAGGAAUUCGUUUUGGACCAAUUCAAGGUCACAGUCUGACCCAAGGUCAAGCUCUCUCAAUGGAAAGCCAGUGGCUGUUAUUCCAAGAAGAUGGUCCACUCCUUGCCAUCGAAACCACAGAUUCUAGUCAGUGUAACUGGAUGAUGUUUGUGCGCAAAUCACUUGAUCCCGCCAAACAGAACCUGGUCGCCUUCCAGUACCAAGAUAGCAUUUAUUACGUCACAACCAAGACUAUUCUGAAGAAUGAUGAGCUGUUCUUCUACUACAGUGAAAAUUACUACCAGCUUCUUACCAUUGUGGGGCUUGGACCGUUAUUUACUGGUACCAAUCCGCCUCCAAAGUCUCUUGCCGAGAAAGUGCCCAAACGCCAGCCGAAAUCUCCAGAUCAGGAUGACAUCCAUGAUUCGGGGGGCGAAAAAUCUGCUAGUGAGGCUGAGGAGAUUGAGACAGAGGAGCCUAUGCCAUGUACCAGGCGUUCACUGAGACGAGGUGGGAAGAGACGACGUGUGCAACAAAGUCGGGCCAAGAAGUCAAUAAAGGCGGAGACUGAGUCAGCUGAGCCCGAGCCUACGGACAGCACUCUGGUACCUAAGGAAGACAUCUUGCAAACUGCACUGAAAAUGACGACAGGAGAUCUGAGUCCAGUGGAUAUCAACUCGGAUAAUGCUCUCGAACUUGAAGACAAUCUGGAGGAAGAGGAGGAGGAAUAUAAAUCUAAAGGAAAACGAAAAGUUGGACUGAGAAAGAAACAUGGCAAAAGUGUCGCAAAAUCAAAAAGGAAACCCAGGUGGCAGAAGAUUGAUUUGCCUCCUAUGGAAGUGAAUACAACAGAAGAGGAGCCCAAGCCGGAGACCCCUGGCACUUUAGCUUUGGUUAACACUGGUACCCAUCAGAAUCUUGUACUUAUUCGACCAUUUUUGCUUGAUGAUGAUGCGGGGCAACCGACCGCUGCCAGUGCUAGUCAUGAUGUCAACAACUACAUCAAUUCAGCUGUGACACAGGCCAUUUCGGGUACACACUUGGAAAACAAAGACCAAGUAUUAGUAACUGAAGCUAAUGCUGUACAAGCGAACCAAGGACCGUUUACGACGCUACUUAACAACCCAAAUCCUCAACAGAUUGAUCUGAAUAUGAGUCUCACGGAUAUGAUCUAUCAGAACCAAGUGGCGGCUAACCAAGUCACCACAAGCAUUGAAAUAGCCCAGCAGCAAACUGCAGAAGUGUCAACACCAACUAGUCAAACCAGUAUCACUCGAAUAGGCACUGUGCAAAAGUUUAAUGAAAUUAGUGCUCUUGCUGCGAGUAUGGUGGAGACAUCUGUAAAAGAGGAGGAGGAGGAGGAGGAUGUAGAUGAGGAGGAGGAUGGCAAGGACAGUGAUGACAGCGAUGACACAAUUACUGGUGAAGGAACGAGCAACAACGGAUCAACAAUUGUUACCCAAGCUGCGGAGAGCGCUGGUCUGACAGUCUCGCAGCCCCAGUUACCUGCAGGGAUUGACCCAAAGACAUUGGCUGAUAAACGCAUGUGGAAAACAUGUUUCGUAUGUGCUACAUGUGGUAAAAUCUUCACGAUGCCGAGCAGGUUGAAACGUCAUUUGAAGAUUCAUAACCCGGCUGGUGAAUUCCUAUGUGACAUUUGUGGCAAAGGCUUCAAACAGAAGAGUGGUUUAUGGCGCCAUGAAAAGAUUCACAACCAAGAACGCAAAUUUGAACAUUUCUGCACGCUCUGCGGAAAAGGCUUCUUUGAGAAGUACCACUGUCGCCGCCAUGAGGAGCGUCACACAGGACAACAUUUCCGCUUCCAGUGUCGAAUCUGUAACAAGUUUUUCUCAGCUAGUCACCAUUUGAAGCGUCAUCUAUUAAUUCAUCAAGGUAUUCGACCUUUCCCGUGUCCGACCUGUGGGAAAAGGUUUACGCAGAAAGGCGACAUGCAGAAACAUAAUAUGCUUCAUAAUAAAACAUAGAAAGGGACUGUCAGCAUUUGUGAGAAAGUCAAAUCUCCUUGUAACACGUGGAGAAUAAGCCUGAUAGAGUUGUUUCAGAUAUAGUCGGGGUUAUGCCUUGGCUGGUCCUGCAGCAUUCGUGUAGUUGAAAGAUUCACGUCGAGUGCGCUGAUGUGCCCUUGCUGGUUACACAGUAGGUUGGUUGAACGAUUGGUUUCAUUGUCUAUCACCGAUCUAAUGCGGUGUCCUGGUUAAAUAGUGGUGACCUACUUGUCAUGUGAUCUGCUGGAGCUGAGCCUGACACCAAAGGACCAAAAUGAAUGUUACUAGGGGGAAUGAGGAUAAAUGUAAAAGAUUGUGCCAACUAAAAAAUGGCCUGCCACCAUUUAACUUAUUCUUGUUACGUCUUUUUAUCUCUUUUGUAAAGUAUUGAUGUUAAAUGUUUAAAAAGUAUACAGCAUUUGUUAUUAUCUUAUAUGAACUCGAUGUAAGUUGUAACUUGGUAAUGGCUGGACAUUACCAGGGGUAUGCUAACCAUAGGAACCAUCUUGACUGAGCAAGACAAGGCCCGAUGUCAUCUACACAGAAACUAUUUUCCCGGUCUACAUGUAAUCUCCUCACACUGCAUUGAUAAAAUUUGAGUUGAGUUUUUUAAGAAGUGAUAAGUCUUUGCUUUAGCAGCCAAGCUGUGCCUGUCUCUUCCUAAAGCAGUCAUCAUAGUCACAUGGUUGUUACUGUCCAGUUAUAAAAUGCCUCUUAUCAAGUUGAUAUGAUGUGGUUGAGUACAUUUGGUUGUCCUGUUUUAAUGGAGUCAUUAUAGAAAAGUAUAUGUUUUAUUACUUGGUAUUAUAGUUUAUCAAAUGCCGCCCUAAUAUCAGGAGAUACUUAGAAUCAACCAGAGACAACACAAAUCUUGACAAACUGUGACCAUCUGUGUUGAUCAUCAUGUCGAAUUAUGUGCUAUCUCUAUACUGCAGGUAUGGGUUUAAGCCAGCCGAGGAAAGCUGUAGUGUUCGUGGUCAGCAGUCAAGAGGGUCGAGUGCACAGUGACUUUCACCUAUCUUCGGUUGACUUGAACCCAUCCGCAGUCUAAUUUAGCACACUAGAGCAUUGAAUGUACAUGUAUGUUGUUGACCAUCGACAAAUCAUUCAUUUUACAGUGCUACUCCCAUUUCUUUUUAGCUGGUUUGAACCCUAUGACAGGCUCUUCUCUUGGCAGUUGGGUCAUUCUGGUAUCAGCUGGUAUUCAGGUCAGGCUUCUAGGAAAAUACUUUGUUUGUAUCUGGUAUUAAUAGUCAAUCAUGUUACAUACUCGCAGAGAGAACUAUUUCGUUUUGUGGUAUUGAAAUAUAGAGACAUCUAAUGCUCAUACAGUAAA